GUCUUCUCCUUGUUCACAACACUUUCGCGACUGCAGAGAGCUUUAGACAUUCGUGUGGACAUUUUCUUUUGCAUGACAUCAUGCGCUGGUUGCUGGCUGGAUGCUGUGGGCUUGCUUUGAUCAAUAUCUCAGUGGCCCUAGAUGAUGCCCAGCUGGUCAGGCAGAGGCCCCGUGUCUAUGCCAUGAAAACCAGCAGCCCUGUGACCUUUUAUUGUCUGUUCUCCAAGCAAACACUGGGAAACAGUGUGGCAUGGUACAAGGCAGAUGAGUACGGCGCUAAACAAAGAGACAAGAUAAAGACAGGAGAACGGAUUAGAGCUGUUGACAGUGUGAUUGACGGCGCCGUUCUUAACAUCGUUGAUAUACGCCUAGAGGACAGAGGAGUGUACUACUGCAAGAUAAACAAUACAUGGGGACCUGGGACUGCGCUUCAUGUUGCCAAACCAUACAGCCGUUCCCAGGCACUGUACAGGACCCAGAUGAAGGACGCUCUGAUUAUCCUCCAGGGCUUGCUGUUGGCUGUGUGUAUUGCUGCUAUAAUGCUACGCAAACGAAAAGUGUUUGAAAAUACAGACAGCAUAUAUGAGGAGCCUGAAACUGAUCACAUCUAUGAGGGCUUGACAAUUGAGACAUAUGGAGGAGGUCUGUAUGAGGAACUCUCAGUGUAUGCCCAGGCUGAUGGAGCUGAGGCCCCGUGGGAGUGAGACUAAGCUCUAACUUUUCACCUCGCCACCUCUACAACCACAGGGUUACUUCAUAUUUGCAGGGUCUUGAUUAUAAAGGUCAAAAAUCAUACAUUGUCAAGAGUCCUCAGCUGGCUCGGUCAGAUGUGUAAUUUUCUUCCAGUUUAAAGUUUGUUUGCAAAUAUGUGCUGUUGAUUUUAUGCUAUUUAGUAUCAUAUGAAAUCCAGAGAACUGAAAAAUUCUACAAUUCAGGCUCAUCAGCAGCUAACGCUUUGAUGCUUCAAGAUGCUUUUUUUUUUUUUUUUUGCUACGACGUGUGUUUGAUUAUUUAAGAACAUGUUCAUCACAAAUCUUUGUGAGAGAAGCUGUCACAAAAUGCUGGUGUGUCAUCAGAGCCUGAGCAAGGCCUGACGUGUUCCUGUUGUGUGAUAAUAUUAAAUAAUAUGUAUGACUUUUUGUUGAUGUGUAGGGAA